AUGAAAAAGGCGCUUACAGAGAGUAAGACCAUCGCGGACGACCUUGCCCGAUUGAUUGAAACCGCCAACGCUCCCAUAUUCGGUGUCGGCGUGGAUGGCCGUGUCACAGAGUGGAACCGGAAAGCGGCCGAGUUGACGAUGUUCUCCAAGGGGGAAACCAUGGGUAGGAAUCUUGUGCAGGACUUUAUCACAGAGGACUACCGAGCUCAAGUCCAAGCUGUCCUGACCCAGGCCUGCCAGGGUUCGGAGACCGCCAAUUUCGAGUUCCCGCUGAUGACGAAGGACAACAAGCGUAUCGACGUUCUGCUCAAUGCCACGCCUCGCCGUGACAUCACAGGCAUGGUAACUGGCGUGGUUGGUGUCGGGCAAGACAUCACCAACAUGCGCGCGGCCCUGACCGAGAGCAGGAUCAUAGCAGAGGACCUGUCCCGACUGAUCGAGAGCGCCAACGCCCCGAUCUUCGGGGUCAACGUUGAAGGCCGCGUCACGGAGUGGAACAGAAAGGCCGCCGAGCUCUCACAGCGCCCCAAGGACGAGACGAUGGGGAGGCAGCUCGUGCAGGACUUCAUCACGGAGGACUACAGGGAUCAGGUUCAGGCCGUCCUCACCCGGGCCUGCAUGGGCAGCGAGACGGCCAACUUCGAGUUCCCCCUGCUGACAAAGGACGGGCAGCGCAUCGUCAUCCUGCUGAACGCAACGCCGCGCCGUGACGCUGCGGGGAACGUCACCGGCGUAGUCGGCGUCGGGCAGGACAUCACCGACAUGCGCAGGGCCUUCACUGAGAGCAAGGCGGUCGCCGAGGACCUCUCCCGGCUGAUCGAGACGGCCAACGCCCCGAUCUUCGGAGUCGACAUCGACGGCCGCGUGACGGAGUGGAACAGGAAGGCCGCAGAGGUGUCCAUGUACUCCAAGGAGGAGACGUUGGGGACACUCCUGGUGGAGGGCUUCAUUACCCACGACUACAAGGAGCAGGUGCAGGCCGUGCUGACCCGCGCCUGCCAGGGCUCGGAGACCGCCAACUUCGAGUUCCCCCUGGUAACCAAGGCCGGGACGCGCAUCGACGUGCUGCUCAACGCGACUCCGCGGCGGGACGCCAAGGGGAAGGUGACCGGGGUGCUGGGCGUCGGCCAGGACAUCACGCCCAUGCGGAAGGCGCUCACGGAGAGCAAGACCGUGGCGGAGGACCUCUCCCGCCUGAUCGAGACCGCCAACGCGCCGAUCUUCGGGGUCAGCGUGGAGGGCUGCGUCACGGAGUGGAACGCGAAGGCCGCGGAGCUCUCCAUGUACACGAAGGAGGAGACAAUGGGCAGGAAGCUCGUCGACGAGUUCAUCACCCAGGAGUACAAGGUGCGGGUGCAGGCCGUGCUGACCAAGGCGUGCCGAGGGUCGGAGACCGCGAACUUCGAGUUCCCCCUGAUGACGAAGGACGGCAAGCGCGUCGACAUCCUGCUCAACGCCACCACCCGGCGUGACGAUCAGGGGGCGAUCAGCGGCGUCGUCGGCGUCGGGCAGGACAUCACGAGCUUCCGCAAGGCACUGGAGGAGAGCAAGAAUCUUGCAGAGGGUCUGUCCCGCCUGAUCGAUACGGCCAAUGCUCCGAUCUUUGGAGUGAGCGUGGACGGCAAAGUGAACGAAUGGAACCGCAAGGCCGCUGAUUUGUCCAUGUACACCAAGGAGGAGACCAUGGGCCGGACGCUGGUAGACGAUUUCAUCAGCUCCGAGCACAAAGACCGUGUCCAAUUGGUUCUGACACAAGCGUGCCGAGGCCAGGAGACAGCCAACUUCGAUCUACCCCUGAAAACCAAGGAUGGUAGGCGAGUCGACAUCUUGCUCAACGCCACGCCCCGCCGCGAUGCUCAGGGAAUGAUCACGGGUGUCGUAGGUGUCGGACAGGACAUUACAGGCAUGCGGAGGGCAUUAGAAGAGAGCAAAAAUCUUGCAGAUAGUUUGUUCCGUCUGAUCGAGACGGCCAACGCUCCGAUCUUCGGGGUGAGUACGGACGGAUGUGUCACCGAGUGGAACCGCAAGGCCGCUGAUUUGUCAAUGUACACCAAGGAAGAGACUCUUGGCAGGAAGCUUGUGGACGACUUCAUUACUGAAGAUCACCGGGAUCGAGUGCAGGCUGUCCUCACUCAGGCAUGCACCGGUGCGGAGACGGCCAAUUUCGAGUUCCCUCUGAUGACUAAGGGAGGCAGGCGAGUUGACAUCCUCCUCAAUGCUUCAACUCGGCGCGAUGCCCAAGGUAAGAUCAUAGGGGUUCUCGGGGUGGGGCAGGACAUUACAAAUUUGAAGAAGGCGCUGAACGAGGCCAAGAGUCUCGCAGAAAGCCUCUCCCGACUAAUCGAUACGGCCAACGCUCCCAUAUUUGGUGUCAACGUGGAGGGUCGCGUGACCGAGUGGAACCGGAAGGCAGCCGAUCUGACAAAGACUACAAAGGACGAGACACUGGGGCGGCUUCUAGUGGAAGAGUUCAUCACAGAAGAUCACAAGGAGCGCGUGCAGGAUGUUUUAAACGAAGCCUGCCAGGGCAACGAGACGGCCAACUUCGAGUUCCCUUUAAUGACCAAGGCUGGGCGGCGUGUAGAUAUCCUACUCAAUGCGACCACGACGCGUGAUGCUGAAGGCAACAUCACAGGAGUUCUUGGAGUUGGCCAGGACAUCACGAACAUGCGGAACGCUCUCGCAGAGAGCAAGACCGUCGCAGACGACCUCUCCCGCCUGAUCGAGACCGCGAACGCUCCCAUCUUCGGCGUCAGUGUCGAGGGCCGCGUGACGGAGUGGAAUCGGAAGGCGGCCGAGCUGACCAUGUACACGAAGCAGGAGACCAUGCAUCGGCUGCUGGUGGACGACUUCAUCACGCAGGAGCACAGGGAGCGAGUCCAGACGGUGCUCACUGAAGCAAUCGCAGGUGCGGAGACCGCGAACUUCCAGUUCCCCCUGAUGACGAAGGACGGGCACCAGAUCGACAUCCUGCUCAACGCCACCACUCGCCGCGACGCCCAGGGCAAUGUCACAGGUGUGGUGGGCGUCGGGCAGGACAUCACGGACAUGCGCAAGGCCCUCACCGCCAGCAAGACGGUGGCGGAGGACCUCUCGCGGCUGAUCGAGACCGCCAACGCCCCCAUCUUCGGCGUGGGCGUGGAUGGCCGUGUCACGGAGUGGAACCGGAAGGCGGCGGACCUGACCAUGUACUCGAAAGAGGAGACAAUGGGGAGGGUUCUCACCGACGAUUUCAUCACACCAGACUACCGGAGCCAGGUCCAGACCGUGCUGAAUCAGGCCAUCGCGGGGUCUGAGACUGCCAACUUCGAGUUCCCGCUAGAAACGAAGGACGGCCGCCAGGUCGACAUCCUGCUGAACGCCACGCCCCGCCGUGAUGCCCAGGGCACUGUCACGGGUGUUGUGGGAGUCGGGCAAGACAUUACGAACUUGCGAAAAGCUCUCACCGAGAGCAAGACUAUCGCUGAUGAUCUCUCACGGCUGAUUGAGACAGCUAACGCUCCUAUUUUCGGUGUUGAUGUUGACGGCCGGGUAACUGAGUGGAACAGAAAUGCAGCUGAGCUGACUCUGUAUUCCAAGGAGCAGACCAUGGGGAAGAACCUGGUUGACGAAUUUACAACCGAUGACUACAAAGCGCAGGUUCAGUCAGUCUUGACACAAGCCUGCUCUGGCAUGGAAACAGCCAACUUCGAGUUCCCGCUGGUGACAAGAGAUGGCCGAAGAAUUGACAUCCUUCUGAAUGCCACUACCAGGCGCGACGCCAAUGGUAACGUUACUGGAGUUGUGGGGGUGGGCCAGGACAUUACCAGUAUGCGAAAAGCGCUCACGGACAACAAGCACAUUGCUGAAGACCUCUCGCGGCUGAUCGAGACUGCCAACGCCCCCAUCUUCGGGGUCAACCUGGACGGCCACGUCACCGAGUGGAACAGGAAGGCAGCUGAGCUGACGAUGUUCUCCAAGGAGGAGACGAUGGGGAGACACCUGGUCGACGAGUUCAUCAUGACCGAGUACCAGGCCGAGGUUCAGGCCGUGCUGACCAGGGCGUGCCAGGGCUCCGAGGCCGCCAACUUCGAGUUCCCUCUGAUGACGAAGGACGGGAAGCAGAUAGACAUCCUGCUCAACGCCACGACCCGCCGCGACACCGACGGCAGCGUCACCGGCGUCGUGGGCGUGGGCCAGGACAUCACGAACAUGCGCAAGGCCCUGACGGAGAGCAAGACCCUGGCCGAAGAGCUGACGGAGCUCAUCAACACCGCCAACGCCCCGAUCCUCGGCAUCGACAUCAACGGGCUCGUGUCGGAGUGGAACAAGAAGUCCGCGGAGCUGCUGGGCUGGAGCAAGAUGGAGACGCUUGGGAAGCCGCUGGUCGAG